UGUCAGCGAUGGCGUCUGCUGAUCUGAGAGCUGAGCUGGAAUGUUCCGUCUGUCUGAACAUUUAUACAGAUCCUGUAAACCUGAGAUGUGGACACAACUUCUGCCGGGUCUGUAUUGAUCAUGUGCUGGAUACACAGGAGGGGUCUGGAGGAUAUUCCUGUCCUGAAUGCAGAGAGAAGUUUCAGGAUCGGCCUGCACUGCAGAGGAACAUAACACUACGUAACAUAGUGGAGAAUUUCCUGUCUGCUCAGCCCGAUCAGGAGGAGUCCGGGGUCUUCUGUACUCACUGUGUGGACUCUCCUGUACCUGCUGUUAGAUCCUGUCUACACUGUGAGGUUUCUCUGUGUGAUAAACACCUGAGAGUCCACAAAAAGUCCCCAGAACACAUCUUAUGUGACCCCACCUUGUCCAUGGAGAGCAGAAAAUGCUCCGUCCAUAAGAAGAUCCUGGAGUAUUACUGCACCGAGGAUGAGACCUGUAUCUGUGUGUCUUGUAGUUUGGCCGGAGAACAUCGAGGACACCAGGUGGAGAUGCUGGAUGAGGCUUCUGAGAAGAAGAAGGAGACACUGAGGAAUGUUCUGCAGGAACUUCUGACAAAGAAAGAGGAGACGGAGGAAAGAGUCCAGAGUCUCCAGGAACACAGGAGGAAAGUAGAAGAAGAAGCAGCUGGUGACACCGAGAGAGUCACUGUCCUGUUUAGAGAUCUCAGGAGACGUCUGGAAGACCUGGAGAAGAGAAUCCUGAGGGAAAUCUCCGGGAGGGCAGAUCGGAUCUCCACCUCCAUCCAGGAUCUGGAAAUAAAGAAGGAGGAGCUGUCCAGGAAGAUGCGUCACAUUGAGGAGCUGUGUAACAUGACGGAUCCACUGACUGUCUUACAGGAAUCAGACACAGGGGACUUGUGCGAUACUGAGGAUUGGGAUAAUGAGGAGGACAGAGAGAGACAUGAGGAGCUGCUCAAUGAUGGAGGGGGUCUGGAUGUGGCUGGGAUUAUACACACAGGUUUAUCUGAUAUAAUAACAGAGAUAAAUGUAAUUUUCCGUAUACAGGAAGCUGCAGACAUAUUACUGGAUGUAAACACAGCUCAUAAUUUUCUCCAUAUAUCAGAUGACAGGAAAACUGCAUUCAAGUCAUAUAUAAAACAGAAUCGUCCAGGAACACUACAGAGAUUUCUGGAUUAUUCUCAGGUGUUGAGCAGUCAGAGUUUCUCCUCAGGGAGACAUUACUGGGAAGUGGAUGUCGGGGAAUCAGAUUGGUGGAUAGUUGGGAUGUGUUACCCCAGUAUAGGCAGGGUAGGAAGAUCGGAGUCAGUGAUUGGAUGUAAUAAACAAUCCUGGGGAUUGUACAGGAAUGGUGAUCAGUAUUGGGAGAUACAUGACAGUAAUAAGAUCCCCUUACCCACCAUUAUCUCCAGUAACAGAGUCAGGAUAUAUCUGGAUUAUGAGGCCGGGCGGAUCUUCUUUUAUGAUCUGUGUGACCCGAUCCGACACCUCCACACCUUCUCCACCACCUUUACUGAGCCCCUCCAUGCUGGGAUAUAUGUAGCGAGCGGUUGUAUAAAGAUCUGUGGGGGGAAUCAGGAGAUGUUAGAACUCCGCCAGAGACGGGUGAUGUAA